AUGGACUUUCCCGGAGGCGCCACCACCAACAUACAUCUAAUUGAUGGCUUCUCCACCAUCUACUGGCGAAUCUACACGGAGGAGUCUGGCAUCACAACUCAUCCCCAGGAAGGGCCUGCCAAUGGCUAUACGAUAUUGAAACAUCUCGGCCGUCUCAAGCAUCUAGAGGCUCGAUUGAGAAAUAUAGCCUGUUUAGCAUCAUGCCCAAGGCGGCUAGGCUUGUGGGUGUUCUCACCUACCCCAACCUUCGAGAGUUUGGGGCCCGUGUAUGUCACAGAUGGAGACAUCGAAACCACGAAGAUCUUUGUGGAUACAACCACCCUCAAAGUCUCGGCAUCGGGAAGUAUCGCAUGCCAAGAUUUGAUAAAGGGCCUCUCGUCGGAGACCCAGAAUCAACAAGGAUCUCAACCUGCACCAUCACAAAGGCCGCAGCAAUCUCAACCCUCUGCGCGGCGAUCUGAUGGAUACAGUAGUUCAGCUGCCAUAUACGCCGCCUUCGUCUCAGCAGUCACCGGUGCUUUAAGUCUCCAUCUGGUUCGAAACUAUGGCGCUCUACCCAUUGGAUCGCGAAGCCUCUUUACUGCAGUGGACAAGACUGGAUAUGAAAGUCCGAGAAUCGAUAAUGAGAGCUUGUUCUCUACACCUAGCCUGACAACACUAAGUGUUCAACUGAAUGCGCCGGGUACUUUGACCGUCUCGACACAGACAAUCCCCCAGGCUGGCAUUAUACGAUUAUUUAGCCCUCAUGACGAUAUAUCAGAUAUUUUCCGAGUGCAACCAGGGACUGAUCUCUGGCUAUGUCCCAAUGGAGCUAUCGCAAGACUCGUCACGGCGAAUAUCGAACCGCCGACAGUCCCUUCACCUGGCUUUCCUAGCUCGGCAGAUACCACUGCGAAAAGGACACAAUGGAAAUGGGACGUUGUGCAAUGGUUAGCCAAUUUCGGAUUGCAGAUUGAUUCAAUCGACGAGGAACCCUGGGUUGAGGUGGAGGUUUGGGAACCCUUCUUUGCAAGACUCGCUGGAGAUGCAUGGCGCCAAAAUGACGAGCCCCAAUCUGCACUUCCGCUAAAACGCAUGCUUUGGCCUGCAAGAUUCUGCUUUAGGAGGGCUGUUGCGUCGAUACGGUCUUCUUGGCCCAAGACUCUUCUUCCUGACCCACUCGAAUUCGCGGAGCAGUGGUCCCCAGAUGUCAGUCAACUGAAACCCAACCAAAAUCCCCCAAACACUCGAGCAUUUGAGGAAGCGCAACUCAAAGAUGAGGACAUGCGCUCGCCGAGGGUGGAUAACGGGGAACAUAUUGAGAGCCUCUCUCGAAUGGCGCAAUAUCCAGACCUCCAACAUACCAACUUGGUCUACCCUACUCCACCCGACGGAGCUGCGGCAAUUGGAAUCAAUAAUCUAAAUCCAUCCGAUAUUUUUCCUGAGGACAACGAUUUUCUCUCUCCCUCUGUGCCUCAGGAAAUCAAACCCCUUCCAAAAACCGAACUCUCCCCGCAAAUUUGUAUAGGUACGGGGCGAUAUGAUGCAAGCGACGAUGAAGAUCUCUUUGGCGAGAUGAAUGACAAAGACUUCGGAACCAAGGGAAUCACCGAUGCGGACUUCAGCUUCUUUGACGAUCCAGAUCUCGACGACAUGAAUGAUGAUAUGCAGGUUGACCAGGCUCAUGAAACGCCACAGGCUACAAUGGAAAGUACACAGUGUGAGGAAGAAGUCGGUUUGGGUGAUAAAAUACCUGCUGCCAUUGCUUCACCAGAAGCCACCAAAGCUGAAGAAGUCCCCAAGCUGGAAGAACCUCCUCCUCCUCCUCAAAUCAAGCCGGAUCCCGAACCAGCCGAUGGUCCGAUGGAAUGGGAAAAGCCCCUGCGGCCCUCUCCACGCCCUGCCAGCCAAACCAUCAGUCCUCCGCUAAGUCCUGUGGAGAUUAAAAAGAUUCUUUCCUCAAGCUCUCGGGCAGGGGAUCGCAGAUACAGUGAAGGGGAUCAUCAACAGGGUCAUUACCAAGCUGUCACUUUCGGCAGGAAGCUGGGAGACUGGAAUCAAAAGUAUGGGGCGACAGGAAAGUUUUGGUUCUCUCCCGGGAGUACGACAGAACCUUCAGCGAAAGACUUGGAUGCGAUUCCAACCGUCGGCUUGCCGCAUCGUGGUCGAAUUGUGAAUUCUGCCAGCAAUAAGUCUGGUGGUAACAAUGCAAUGCAGGCUGUCAUAGACAGCCGCUACCGAGAGUCCUCGGGUUCCAGUGCCUGCAGCAGCGAUGAAGAUGAAGACCCUGAUGAGAUUCCUUCGGAACAUGCGUCAACCCCGGCUGUACCCCCUCAAUUGAAGAGAAAGCGUGCUCCUUCUGAAUCGGACAUUCAAUCCGCUGCGUCUCCAGCCAAAUCCCCAGCUGCCCCCGAUGGGAGCGCGGGAAGCAAAGUCGAGAACACCACAUUUCUGGGCAACUUUCUUGCCAGCUUCUCCGAUUGGAGUUUUCCUGGUUACUUCUCGGCUCUUCAAAUUCAACAACUCCCCAUCCUUCUUCGGCGUGAAGAACAGAUUCCCAUCGCUCAAUUACUUGUCGAUCAAAUUACACAGUCAUCACUGGAUCAUCCACUGGGUGGACAGAUUGGAUUAUUUGCUCUUGAAAGUGAGGGCACGUCAUUCCGGGAAUGUCUCGAAGAUGCAACCUUCUUGGGUCACAUCGAAAAGCUCGAUCUCAAAGGAUACAUGUCGUUGCAAGAAGACGUGGUACAAAACUCUUCGCAGCAGCCCACCAAGGACUCGGUGAGAGGCACUAUUUCAAAAUUGCCUGCGCCGCAUCUACGGGUUCGUCGUGGCAAGGAAUAUUUGGAGACUCUUCCGCCUGCCAUGUCUUUCUGGGAGACGUUUGGUUUGGAGCCGGCUCAUGGAACCAAAGACAUCUCGGCUUACUGUAUUCAUCCUCAAGCUGCUGGGAAAGCAGCGGACGCAUUCCUGGAUCGAUUUGGCCUUUCCUAUCAAAGCUGCAACUUCGGUACUCACGCCCGAGGGAACCAAUCGUCAGGAUUCAACCGAGGUCUGAAGGAAUGGGCCUCGGAGUUGUCAGGCUACGCUUCCAUGAUGCAGUCCCUCCUGAGGCUGUGUGAGGAAUUAGGUUCCAACCUGUCGCAAUCUGCUAUACCCAGCACGAAUACUUGUGUUGUCUAUAUCAUAAACCCCUUCCCUCAUGCAGCAGCCCUGGCGGACAUUUGUGCGGCUUUCUGGAAUCUUUUCCAACAACUGGUUACCGAUGCCGACUGUCGACAGACCAAGCAGGUCAAUGAGGUUGCUCUGCAGAUUAUUCCGAUGGAUUUCAUCAUGUCAGAGGAGUCUAUAGUUGUGCCAACUCAGACUGAAUAUCUGAAUCUGGCUCUUGAAGUCUAUAGCCGCUGUCGCCUAAAGGACGCCGAUACCAACCCUCUACUCUGUGCUCCGGCGAUCCUGCUAGCUGAAAACCUACCCAAGAACAUCAACUUCCGGCUUGCCCCCGAGAAGGGAUCACCAUUGCAAGAUGGGCGAAGUCUCCAUAUCGCGUGCUCCAAAAGCGCUGACCAGCGCUGGGUGUCCGCAGCGUGGUCCGAUGGAACAGGAUGCCUCCAGACGACCAUGUCCUAUUGUCUUCGCUAUCGUAACAGAGGCUCUGCCAGGACGAUUGCUGAAGUGCGCAAUGAGAUUUGGGCUACCACGAAGCACAUCAUGGAUAAGUUUGAAACUCGGUGGAAGGUUGUGCUCGUCAAUACCGAGCCGAUGGAUCCGGAUGAGGUUGACGGAUGGACCAAUCUAGCUGAGCAACAAAACAAGAUGCGACCGGGAUCCUUGGAGCUGACCAUUGUGACCGUUAACACUCUCCCCGAUCUCACCCUCAACACUCCUGCUUCCCCGAUGAGCACAGGCGUUGUCAACCCUCACUUCUCAUCUACCCCUGUCUCAACACCCAACCCAAGUGUCAGCAUUGCCUCUCCCGAGCAAGCUGGCAAUGCUCCAACCCCAAGCGCAGUCUACAAUGCGCCCACACCUACCGAACCGUCUCUUGAACCCGACUCUGAGGCCGUUCUCACCGAUAUCUACGACGAUUCUUGGGCAGUCGUCCUCUCACACCGCCUCAACACCUCUCCCCAUGUCACCGAACUGCGCCCCGCUCUGGCUAGCGGGUAUCUGCUUCGGCGCAAGGGCGCGACCGACAGCGAGGGCGUCUUCUCAAUUACCGUUAACCUUCUAUUCUCGCAGCGCCCUUCCGUGUCUCACGAGAAUGUUCUCAAGGAUACCUUGUCUAUGUAUCGGGACUUGGCAUGUCUUGCUCGAGCACGGGGCAUGCGCAGUGUCCAGGGCAACACGCUGCCCUGGCAUAUCGUGACGGCUCUGCGAGCCCAGGAGCUCCUGAGUUAUGUUUUCUAA